CUGCCAACAACCAGUUGAGGAAAAUAUGAUCCUCGCUCCCUCUCCGCCAUUCCCUCGCUCUUUAUCAGCGUCACUCAAUGCAAACUUUCCUCUGAUUCUCUCCGCUCAUGCACUGUAGGUGUUCUUGAAACGGGAUCGAUCUGCAGGGUUUUUGCGACGACGGAUAUGCCGGAGCUCCACUUGCUUCGUCUCACCAUGUUCCUUCGCAGGCUGGAAGCGAUGAUUCUAGAUUUGGGGGAUGUUAUGCAUAGCGUCUACGUUUGGAUUUUUUUGAAUGGAGAUUUUGGACUCCGGUUACUAUGGCACAUUAUGCAUCUAAUGUUGAGCUUCUGGUACUUAGCUGUGGGAUGGGUAAAUGCGCUCGAGAGCUUUCUUAUCUCCUCUGGAAUGAUUAAGAAAUAUAAAGAUCUUGAUGUGAGUAGAGUCAAGUAUCUAGCAGUUGUUAUAGACAGCGAAGAAGCUCGUCACACUCUGAAAGUUCUUGACCUGUUAAGAUGGCUAGAUUCAAUUGGAGUGAGAAAUGUCUGCCUCUACGAUUCAGAAGGAGUGCUAAAGAAGUCGAAAGAUGCCCUGACAUUGUGGCUGAAAAGUGAAAGAUUGUCCAAUGCCAUUGCUAGCAACAAGCUUCCUGAGCAGAAGUAUAUGAGUAUGGAAGUCAUUUCUUAUUCUGAUGGGAAACAUGCUGUUGCAAAAGCAGCAAAUGUACUUCUAAAGAAGUAUUAUCUGAACUCCAACUCCGACAGGCCAAAAUUAACAGAAGCAGACAUGACAAGUGUUCUUGGAGAAAUAGGGUAUGGUCCAGAACCUGAUCUCAUGUUGGUUUAUGCGCCUGCAAGAUGCCACAUGGGAUUUCCGGCUUGGAGAAUUCGGUAUACUGAGAUUGUGCACUUGGGGCCAUUGAAGUCUAUGAAAUUUGGUGCUCUCAUAAAAGCAAUCCACAGGUUCACUAUGGUCCAUCAGAACUAUGGUUCCUGAACUGGUUUACAGCGGACAUCAUGUUAUCAUCCUGAACUGUUGCAGUGGACCACCGGGCACCAACGUUUCAUUUAAUUGACUGCUUAUAUUUUAUAUAGAUAUAUAUAUAUAUAUAUUGAGUUGUUAAUCUAUGUAUACAGUUAUCGACAACUACAUAUAGCCUUCCUUAUAACUUGACAAUAAUUCAUCCA